UUCAUCUAGUCUCUGUCACAAAAUUUCUCAAAAUUCGACGGGGAAUAUAUCGUGAAAUAUAUUACAUUUUCGUCCAUUUCAUAAAAAGCAAACAUAUUCUAACAACAGCCACGCGCUUUUCCGGUGAUAAUCUAGUUAUUGAACAUACGGCAUGAUGGUGGAAGGUUCUGCAUUUACGCGAAACGAUGUCUUUCAAAUGGCUAUCCGCGUUGCUUUUGUGUCCGCAGUUACUUAUUUCUCUAUAAAAUGGCUUGUGAAUCAAAUAGAUCCAACUUCUAAGAGCAGGAAGAAGGCGGAGGAGAGAGCGCGGGAACAGUUACGCAAGAUGUCUUGCAGAGCCGGGCUGGGCGGGAAGCACUCGGUGGUGCUGGACAAAUUGACCGACCAUGAGAUGAUCAUCGCUUCACAGCUUGUUGUGCCAGAGGAGAUCAAUGUGAACUGGAAAGACAUUGCAGGUCUGGACCACCUGAUAAAGGAGCUGCGGGAGACAGUGAUCCUCCCCAUUCAGAAGCGGGAGUUGUUUGCCGACAGCCGCCUCACACAGCCGCCCAAAGGAGUCCUGCUGCAUGGCCCCCCAGGUUGCGGCAAAACCCUGAUAGCCAAGGCAACAGCUAAAGAGGCCAACAUGAGUUUCAUCAACUUGGAUGUAUCUCUGCUAACUGACAAGUGGUAUGGAGAGACGCAGAAGCUAGCGGCCGCUGUGUUCAGCCUCGCUGUCAAAUUGCAGCCAUGCAUCGUGUUUAUAGACGAAAUAGAGUCGUUCCUACGCACUCGAACCCAACACGAUCACGAAGCGACCGCAAUGAUGAAGACCCAGUUCAUGUCGCUCUGGGACGGGCUCAUCACCGACCCCGGCUGCACCGUCAUCAUCAUGGGCGCCACCAACCGGCCGCAAGACCUGGACAAGGCCAUUCAGCGCCGCAUGCCGGCCACCUUCCACGUGCCCAUGCCUAGUGAAGCGCAGCGGGAGAGGAUACUGCAGCUCAUCCUGCAGGCGGAGCCCACUGCACCCGACAUAGAGUACAAGCGCCUCGCGGCUGCGACGGAAGGGUUCUCAGGCUCAGACCUGCACGAGCUGUGUCGGCAGGCCGCCGUGUACAGGGUCAGGGACUUGGCGCGAGACGAACUGGCGAGAGAAGAAGAGUCAAAACAAAGCAAAUCAAACACAUCGGAUUCAGACGAAGAAUUCGUAGACGCGGUUAGACCAAUCACUAUGGAGGACAUGAAACUAGCGCUUGGAAAAUUGAAGGAGUCCAAGAUACAGUGCGGCACUCUAGCGCCCUCGAUGCGGAUAGAACUCGACUAGACUACUAGUGUAGUCGAAUAAACCAACUUCGUAGUUGACUACACAUAUUCUAUAGUCGACUGAAUGCUCGACACUUGAACCUUGACGUUAAAAAUAGGACAUUUUUUUAGUUUACCAUCACUUCUCACAAAAAUGCAUAACCAUAACAUAAUUUGUGGGCUUUAAAACAGUUCUAAAAUAUAUAAAAGCAAACGAUUCUUUUUGAGAAGUUCAAAAUGCAGUAUGGUAUCUACUCUAGCGGCUUCGAUGCAAAAAGAACUCGACUAGAACAUCUAUGUGGUAGAAAAAAUAAACUGUAAUCGACUAUACAUACUUUGAAGUGAACUAAUAGGUACUCGGCAGGGAGUCAAUAGUUUACCAAUUCACUGAAAAUAUAAAAAAAAAAUACAUAACUUGUGAUUUUAUGAUAUUUGUAAAGCAUACUAUUUGCAAGUACUAGUAUUUGUAAGCGUUGUGAAAACUAUAUGCAAAUCCAAUUUGUUUCCUACUAUUUGAAAUACCCAAGUCCUUCCUUUAUUGACCAACUUUUUUCUAUGUCUCUUUGUACUGCAAUUCGAGUAACCAUCUAACUACCAGUAACCAGUAAUCUAGUCAUGAACUAAUAUCUGUCAUAAUAUUAAAUUAUUAUUAACAUUGUAUAUUGACAGGGAUGGUUAGUAUUUGCCAAUGGCUGCGAGUGGCAAUCAACAAAGUGAAAAAGUUUUGAAAUACACUGGCGUUCUCGGUGCGUAUGCUACUCGAUUAGACCAUCUGUGUAGUCGAAUAAAUAAACUUUAGUUGACUACACAUACUCUGAAAUCGACUAAAGGUCCGAUACACUCCAUCUUGCUUUAAAAAUUGGGUCAACUUUUCCAUCACUUACUGUGAAAAUACAUUACAUAAUUGUCGGGUCUUGAAACUAAACUAAAUUGACGGAUUUAAUGAUAAUGCCACCAUUUUCAUAUUGUUCCUUACGGAAAAAGAUACUCCGAUCGUUUAGGAGGAUUGCUUUUAGAGGUAUUAAAUUUUCUGUCAGCUGACAAAAUAAUACGGUCUAAUACUAUAAUUCUGAUGUGAUCUUAAAUAGGUACGUAAUUUCUGGUAUUUAAAGCGGCCGCAUAUUAUCUGAAAUUUCUGUCAGAAAAAAUUCGGACGCACGCCUGAAGGCUAUCUUAUAGGUACCUACAUUUUGUACUGGAUCCCAAACAUACGCCGCAGAUGAUUACAAUGUUGCCGGAUCGGACGUACGCUUCUGAUGUUGGCAGAGUGAGUGGGAUAGGCAGUUUUCUGACAGAAUAGCGUCGAUUCUUGAUGUCUUUCUCUAAACUGAAUUUAGAGUAUGUACAUUUUUUUCUUUUUAAUAUUGUUAAGAAAGGAUGGAACAUGAAUUUUAAGUUAACAACUUUACAUUUUAGUGCUACUAAGAAAUUUUAGUGUGGGUAGGUAACAAACACUAUGCUCAAAAUUGAUACUUAAAGUCACGAGGUUUGACAGUUUUAAAUUAUAAGUUUGUCCUUUUCUUAGUGUAUUGGUGAGAGAGAGAUGCGAAUACUCCUAAAUUUAGUUGCCGUAAGAAUUAGUACCAUUUUCUGGUAAUAUGCAGUCGGCAUUAGGCUGAGCAUAAUGAAAUUUUCAAUAAUACUUAUUCAAAAUUUAUUAACCAUAAAUUAAAUGCUCUUUUUUCGGCGUUGUUUUCUGUAUUGUGUGUUUUUUUUAAAUUAUUAGCAUAUUUAAGUCACUGAAGUUUGUCUGUAAAUAUUGAUUUUAAAACGUUAAUUACGAAACCUGAAGUCUAUUUACAAAUGUUAAAUUAUUGUAAAUAUUUUAUUGAUUAUAAUAAAUAAAUGUUAUAUCCUAAAACUGUAAAAGUUUAUUCGUACAAAUAAUGUGUUCUGAGCCUUGAGUAUGUAAGGUAUUAAGUAACCGAAAUUUGUCGCUAAAGUUGGCGCAAAUCUGUCAGUUUGUAUAACAAACUAGUCUUUAAAGGACCGUGUACACAUUACACAUACAAAUACGAUUGUUUAGAAAUAAAACAUUGUAUUAUACUAAUAUUGGAAAUUUUUAAAUUCUAUUUAAAACAGAAUAAAAAAUAUGAAGUGUGAAAAUACAAUAUUGUAACUAACUUUUCAUGCAAAGCAUAUUAUGUCAGAGGGUAUCACAGAUGUUUUAAUAACAAUUAUUAUUGUUAAAAAAUAAGUGUGUAAAUUAUAGAAAAGAUUAUCAAAAUGAUAAAAUAUAUAUUGAGCAUAUAUGAGUACUAUAGAAUCCUUUUUCGUCCGAUGUUUUAAUAUUCAUGUGUAGGUAAAUAGAAUACAUAAUUAAAGGUAUACCUGUAACGCACUCAUAUAAUCUGAUUAUAGUCGACAAAUGACUGAUUGCAGAUAGCCUAGAAAUAUCAAAAAAAAUAAAAAAAUUACGAGACUACUUAUUUAUUGCGUAUGGAACCUUUAAAAGGCGAAUAGAAUAGAAUUUGACCAAUAUAAAAUUUCUUCCAAAUUUUCUUAAUGUUUUUUGGGAAUUCUAUGUAAUUCGAAUUCCAAUUAGAUCUGUCUUGAUUGUGGUACUUGGAAAAACUAACGUUUUUAAAAAAAAGUAUACUACUGCCUUUCUAAGGCUGAGAUCUAUAGCGUACUUUGACUUUGCUGAGUCUUAAGACAGUGUUAAAACGAGACAGCGUUAUACCGCUUGCAUAAAUCUGUCUCGUUUUAACUGAAACUUAAGUCUGUACAAAGUCAAAGUGUGCUCUAUAGAUUUCAACCUAAGACCCGCCGCAUAUACCUACAUUUGCAUUGGUUGUUGCAAGUGUGGACAUAUGCAGCGGGGCUAAGGUAAAAGGCGCAAUAAAUGACUAGUCCGUAGGUAUGAAUACAGUAGGUAGUUGUGACUAAAAAUGCGAUUUUUUGAUAGUUGCGUAGAAAAAUUAAUGUGCCUGGCUGUGUACUGCAUUACGCAAUGGAUAAUAAGUUCGUAGGUAUUUUACAUAUUAUUAAUUUAUACUUAUAACACUGUUGUUCAGUUGGCGUCACGGAACAGAGUUCAGCCUGCUGAUUCGCUGACUCAGUGUCUAACACCAAACGAUAGCCACAGAGCUAUUUGACAUUUAUUUUUAAUCCAUUGAAGUUUUUCUAUGAAAAAUUAUUUUAAUAUCACUUAAUGAAGCUGCAAUGUCUAGCCAACCAAUGUCAAAUGAGCUUGGUGGUUAAAAUUCAGUGUUAGAUUCUGAGGAAAGUACGGUAUCCCGUACGGGAAGGUACGGGAUACCGCGGGAUACCGAGAACGCGGUUAGCGAAAAGUAAACUGAUUAAACUGUAAUACUCAUAGGUUCUUUUACCUUAUGCGGACGUUAACUGCACGUGGCCUUAGUACAAGUUUGCACGACUCGAUAAUGUUGAUAUAUUUCGAACUAUCUGAUGCCCACGACUUUGUCCGCGUGGACUUAGAUUUUAAAAUAAAACUAUAAUUUGGAAUACAUACGCAACUGGUGCGUCCAGGCGCGGCUCGCGCCCUCCAUGUUAAAGGGUCAAUAUGUCAAAGUACAUAAAGCUAAGUUUGGGUAGUAAUCAAGACUCCACUUCACUCCUGUCUGUUAGCGCUGGCCCUAAUAAAAUUGCUUGACUUGCAAGUUACCCACAAGAAUUGUGUGUAUGAGUGUUACUGUAUAUUAAUUCGAUGUUACGCUUAUAAAGCCACUAGGUUGUGCGCACGUUUGUUGCAAUAAAAUGUUAUAUUUAAGUGUUUUUAUUUGAUGCCGAAAAAUUGAUGUUUGGGUGUAUAAUGAAAAUACUGUAUGGCUGUUGACAUUAAAAAAAAGCCCCCAAAUGUCAUAUUUACAUGAGGGCUUGAGGCUAGAUCUAAUCGGCAGAGUUCGUCCAGAAGCUGUGUUGAUUGAUCGCUUAGGGUGCGUUUCCACUGACGCGGAGCUGGGCGGAGUGGAGUGGAGCGGACCGUGAUUUGGACAAUCACAGUGCCCCAAGUCUCCACUCCGCAUAAGUGGAAACUGUGUAAUUGGAGCGGAGCGGACUUUCAAAUAAAAUACUAUGAACACGCAGCCCCAACCUGGUCAGAACGGAGUCGAGCAGGCCGUGGUGCUGAGCGGUGGGCAUGAAGCGGAGAAUGGUGUGGAGGGUAGAAUAGACAAGUUUGACUAAUUGGAGCACGGCUUAAUGCAGCUCUAGUCUGCUCAGCUCAGCUCAGCUCGGCUCCACGCCGCCCCGCUCUGCUUUAAUGUAAACACUUGCCACUUUUCUCUGCCCAGCUCUGCGUCAGUGAAAACGCACCCUUAUUUUGUAGUGAGCGGGCCUCUUAUAAAACAAUGUUAAGAGGGGUUUAUUCGUAGCGCGCUGCAAACAAACGUUGUUUGGCUCCCAUUUGAAUACUAACCAAUCAAACUCGAUAAAAGUAGAUAUAUUCCAGGAACUUAUGUCUAUGGUUUCCCGGAUAUUAUUAGUAAAAUAUUUAAAUUUACACUGUCUCAAGAUUUUUGCAUACUUAUAUACAAAUAUUUAUACCCGUGUAACUUUAAAGUUUGGUUAAUAUUCAAAUGUCGAGAACCAAACUACGUUUGUAUCGAGCGAGUGACGGAGUGAACUCCGUUAAAAUAGUUUUUUGUAGAUAUUAAAAGUUAGAGAUCUUUGAUUGUGCAGAUAUUAUGUAAAUAAAGGGAAUAAAUGGAGU